UGAGGGCGGAGCCUAGUUCCCGCGAGACGGGACGGAGCGCCCCGAAGGGCCUUGUGUGUACGUGUGUGGUGUCCUAUGUGGUAGACUUCGCUUUAAGGGAGAUAUUUAGAUCCCCGUAGGGGAGAUAAGACAAACAGCCCCGAAGAUUAGAUAAGAUUCUGCGCUCCGCAGUAAAUACCGGCAGAUGAUCUAGCCUGGCGGAGUCACCUGGGGAGUGAAGGGCGAACGGCAUGCGCAUGCGCGCAGGCGCCGCCGGGGGGCGGGAGCCCGCCGAGCCCCUUCCCCAAGGCGGUGAAGAUCACUGCUAGGAGGAACUCUGGGUACAAGAAUGAACAUAAUGCAUGUGAUGAUGGCUCCGAUCUUGAGAUUGCAUCUGAUAAAUGUUUCAAUGACUCCAAGUCGAAUAAAAAUGCUCCCGCAUCUUGAUCUCAUUAGAAACAGAAUGAUGUCAACUCUUAUACCUAAAAAAAAGAUCCAAGAGUAUUAUAGGCUGCUGAAUUUGCAGGAAGGUUGUUCUGCAGAUGAUGUCAGGGAAUCUUUCCAUAAGCUCGCCAAGCAGUACCAUCCAGACGGGGGUUCUGACACAGCGGAUGCUGCCAAGUUUAUAAAGGUAGAAGAAGCUUAUCGGAAGGUGCUCUCCCAUGUGACCGAACAAACUAACGCCAGAAAGAGUAAAGUUGCAGAAGCAGAAGAGGAGGAGGAAAAGUUCGGAUAUAAAACCCCCCAACACCGGCACUACUUAAGUUUUGAAGGUGUUGGUUUGGGAACCCCAAGCCAACGAGAGAAGCAGUAUAGGCAGUUUCGAGCAGAUCGUGCAACUGAGCAAGUGAUGGAAUACCAAAGGCAGAAACUAGAGAAGCAGUAUUUUGCCCAUAGUUUAACCGUGAAGGAUGUAAGACAGAGUAAACAACAAAAAAUCACUCAAGCGAUCGAGCGUCUAGUGGAGGAUCUCAUUCAAGAAUCAAUGGCCAAAGGAGACUUUGAUAAUCUUAGUGGGAAAGGAAAGCCUCUUAAAAAAUUCUCUGGCUGUUCGUAUGUGGAUCCCAUGACUCACAACCUCAACAGAAUAUUGAUAGACAAUGGAUACCAACCAGAAUGGAUCUUAAUGCAAAAGGAAAUAAAGGAUACUAUUGAUGAACUCCGAAGAGCAAUCUUAGUGUCAAGAAAAAAACUUGGGAAUCCAAUGACCCCCACUGAACAAAAACAGUGGGACCAAGUUUGUGAGGAGUUUCAAGAAGACAUCAAAAAGCUUAAUAAGCGAAUUAAUGAUUUUAAUUUAAUUGUUCCCCUCCUAACCAGGCAGAAAGUCCACUUUAAUGCACAGAAAGAAAUUGCCAGAGCCCAGGAAACAUAUGAAGCCCUUAUGAAAACACAAGAAGUCACAGAAAAAAAGGCAGUUGACUCUGACCAGGGAAAAGGGGAGAAAACUCCUGCGGUCAAGACAAGUUUCUUUAACUGGAUGAAUGUGUGGAAAUUCAUUAAAAUAUGACUUUUUCUCUAUUGACAACCAAACCACAACAGUGACCCACAUCAUUUGCAACUGGGCUGACAUUACCCUUGGAGGUUUAUUGCUGUAAUACAAACAUCAGAGAACUGUGUCUCUGUCCAUUUCUAAAACGAAUCACACCCUCCUGGGUUGUGAAAAAAAAAAGAAAGAAAAAAUGGACCAUAAGAAACAGUUGCACCAGCAAAGCCCAGCUUUGCUCUGAGGCUAUAACAAGAAAAGAAGAAAAUUUCUAAGAAAAUGUAUUGGAUCCAUUUUUGAGUUUAAACAGAAGUCUUCAAUGAAAUCUGACAGGGAUACAAGAGCUUCCAGAAAUCUUACUGCAGUUCUCAGCUCUGAUAACUUGCAAAGAGUUGUUUGCUGUUUUCAAACACAGUCUGCACCAGCGACAAAGCUAACAAUGUGUUAUGAAGAGACACAAAACAAGAGGUAUGAAGUACAGGCAAAUAAACUUCCAAAUGAUGCUUUUUGUUUCUUACAAGUCUACUCACAGUGUUUACACCUAAAAUUAGAGUUCCAGAAUAUUCUGGGGGAGGUGGUGGCCAGAGCUAUAGGACAACAGGUAGAGUGCUCGCCUUGCAGGUGGCCGACACAGGUUUAAUACCUGGCACCCUCAGCAUCACCAGGAAUGAUCCCUGAAUACAGAAUCAGUAGUAAGCCCUGAGCAUAGCUGAGUAUGGCCCAAACUGAAACACCAAAACCAAGAAAGUUCAUUUUUUUAAGCUCUUUUUGUGAGUGGAAGCAUUAAGAGAUGUAACUUAAUCUUUUUUUUUUUUUGGGGGGUCACACCUGGUGAUGCACAGGAGUUACUCCUGGCUCUGCACUCAGGAAUUACUCCUGGCGGUGCUCAGGGGACCAUAUGGGAUGCUGGGAUUUGAACCCGGGUCGGCCUCGUGCCAGUCAAACGACCUACCCGCUAUGCUAUCACUCCAGCCCAAGAGAUGUAACUUAAUCUAAUGAGGUUACUGCACUCUUUUUUCUUUUUCUUUUUGGGGUCUCACCCAGUGAUGCUCGAGUUACUCCUGGCUCUGCAUUCAGGUGCUUGGGAGACCAAUGGGAUGCUGGGGAUCGAACCCAAGUCUGCCAUGUGCACAGCAAAUGCAUUCCCUGCAGUAUUAUUGCUCUAGCCCUUAAUUCACUCUUCUUUUUAAAAGUAAAGACCUCCAUGGGCUGCAGAAAUCAAUCAACAAAGCUAUUAUUGGAAAUAGAUACAUUUAAUAGAUACAAUUGUUGGAAAUAGAACCACAGUCCACUAGAAGUGUCCAGUGGACUGUGGUUCAUUUUUAAGGUGUUCUAGUUAAUUUUCUAACCUGUGGGAAGUUGGGGGGGGGAAUCUUUGAGCUCAGUGAAAAUUAAAAGGUUCAGGGCUGGAGCAAUAGCAUAGCAGGUAGGGCGUUUGCCUUGCACGCGGCCGACCCGGGUUUGAUUCCCAGCAUCCCAUAUGGUCCCCUGAGCACCGCUAGGAGUAAUUCCUGAGUGCAAACUCAGGAGUAACUCCUGUGCAUCGCGGGGUGUGACCCAAAAAGCAAAAGCAAAGAAAAAGGAAAAGAAAAUUAAAAGGUUCAGUUCUGGGUACAUCUCUAAUUAGAUCGUGGACUGCUUAAUUACUCCUACCUGAAGCCUCUGUAUGUGUGUAUUAGACUCCUGAGAGGCAUUUUCAGCACUAUGAAAUCUCGUUUUACUGCCCUCAGGAUCUAAUGUCCUGUCUUAGGUAACCCUCUAGAAAACAGAGUAAGUCUGAAUAUUGUGCCAAAUUAUGCCUUUUGGAACUGAUGAAAUGGACAUUUAUGAGAUUGGCAGGAUCCCAUGCACUUCCAGAAAAUCUGAUUUUUGGAGUUUAUGUAACAGACAACACUGCGUAAGAGAUUCAUGCAGAAGUGUGGACAUGCCACUCUGGUCUUUCGAGAACCAGUUGCUUUGUGGGUUUCUGGACCUUCUGCUUAGAUGGAGUCAGCACAGUUGGGAUAAUACCUGCUUAUUUAAUUGAAUGAGUUGUCAUUUGACUUCCACAAUGAUAGAAGUACUUGUCACAAAUUGUGAAUUUAAUUAAAUAUAGUUAUGAUAAACUAUAGUCUGAAAACACUUUAGAAGGUCUUGAUUCUGUGAAUCUUUUUAAAAAUGAGAAUUAGAUGUAUAUCUAAUUGCGCUGCAGCAGCAUGAUGAAGAAAAUAAUUUUGAAUAAUGGAAAAUAGGAAGAUGAGACAACCUGAAAACCCUAGUAAAUCCUUAAUUUCAGCACUGCACACUUUAUGUUUGUAAAUACAUGGAUACAGUUAAUAAAAUUAAUUUUUAAUGAUUA